AUGUCCCAGAACAUUCUCAUCACGGGUGCUUCAGGCUACCUUGGAGGAACUCUUCUUUCUCGAUGGAACGAGGCCAGACUGGACGGCUACGACAAACUGUUCGCCCUUUACGGCGCUGUACCCUUGAACUUUUCCCUAGACGACCAAGAUGCCAUCACCGAGGCUAUUACGAAGCACCGCAUCAAUAUUGUUUGCUUCAUGGUUGAUGUUGUCUCUUCGGAUGCUCAAUUGCGCUUUAUUAAAGCCCUGGCGACACUGAAACAGGAGACGCAUCAGGAAGUGCACCUCUUACACACAUCCGGCGCAAAAUUGUUCUCAGCCCGUGCCGGAGCCCCGACCGACCGCGAAAUUUCGGAUGCAGACCCGAACCUUUACGACAUUCAAAAGCAGCAAACCCCUGAAAAUGCUCUGACGCAGAAGGCAGUAAAUACGAACAACACCAUCGUCGAACAAGACGAAGCCUCUGGAGUCAGAACCUACAUCUUUGUUCCCUGCCUUGUCUACGGCAAAGGCGAAGGAUUUGGAAACCAAAUCUCCAUCCAAACCGUCGCCGCCGUAAAAGCCGCCAAAGCAACUGGCCAAGUCUACAAAAUCUCAAAAGGCCGCCCAGUCUGGCCCGUCUGCCACGUCUUGGACAACAACACUCUCUACGUGAGCCUCCUCCGCGCGAUCCUGAACAACGAGAACCCCGACCACGGCCGCCACGGCUACUACCUCGCGGCCUCGGGCAGCAUCGUCGUGGACGACCUUUACGUCGCCAUGGCCGCGGCGCUGGCGAAGCGCGGCAUCGUCAAAACCGACACUGUCGAAUACGCGGACGAUGCCGCGCUCGAGAAGAUUGGGCGCGCGUUGGGCUGCGACCCGGCUCAUGUGGAGGUCCAUCUCGGCGGUUUGUGUACGCUUACUGCUGCGCGUGGGGCGCGGCUUGGUUGGAAGCCGCAGUUUUCGAAGGAGCAUGCUUUUGAGGCUGCGGAUGAGGAGGUGGAUUGGAUUUUGCGCUGUUUGGAGUAGUCGGCUUUGAAGGUGUGGUCUGUCUGUAACUAUUCUUAGGGAGCUAAAAAGAUCAUGUUCACAGAGUGUUAAGCGGUUUCGACACGAGCUGUUGGUAGUCUAUGCGCGACAGUACGGACGCCUUCAUGUAGGUCUGGUGGCAGAAUCUUCGCGUGAAUAUUAUAUUCUUUUCCCACUUCUAUUAGUAUCUAUUUAGUAGGCUUUGAAUGGAUUUCUGUCCGGACAAGGUUAGUAUACAAUGCACGACUUUGGUACGCUACAGCAGCGCGUUAAUCGGAUUCAUGGUACUCGUCAAAUUAUGUCAAUAUGUCACUCUUUCCUUUCUUCAUUUGUUACUUUCUUUCCUACUCUCCUAUAUUCUCGGGUCUUCACUUUCACCAACCGCGCCAGACUUCUAC